UGAGCGGUUAUUCACGCUUUGUGCUUUGAGCGGUUAUUCAACCUUUGUGCUUUCAGCGGUUAUUCAACCUUUGUGCUUUGAGCUGUUGUUCAACCUUUGUGCUUUGAGCGGUUAUUCACGCUGUGUGCUGCGUCUUAAGCUUUGUACUUUGGCUGUUAUUCAAGCUCUGACCUGUGUGAUGCGUAUCUCGGGACUUUGUGUGCCUUGUGGGCGGAUGUCGUGCCCGAUGAUCAGGGUGCUUUUUCUUGCUGGGCCGGAUCCUGGGGUUGGAGGGCCGAUGCCAGCGCCUUAUACUGAAUUGCGAGUGCGCGCGGACGGCCCCGUCUGCGAUGGCCCUGGUAUUUUAGGGCCGCGCGAGAACAUGCGCGCGGCCUCAACAGGCUCAGGCGUGGGCAUGAGAAAAGCAAGGGCGAUUGGUGGGCUUUUUACUUGCAUGCUGUUUGCAAUGUUAUUUUGGUGUUUUUGGUGCUUGGUGUUCUUGGUGUUUGGUUUAUUUGGUGUUUGUCUGUUCCAAAGAGUAGCACUCAUAGGGACUCAUAGGGACUCAUAGGGACUCAUAGGGACUCAGACUCAUAGGGACUCAAUUGUGCUCGCGCCAAUGCACCCAUCAUAGAUCGGCGCGGCCGCGGGUCUAAUUAAAGCUCCGGUAAGACGAAGAA